GGGGCUCACAAUGCUCUGAACACAGAUGCUCUUCUGCUCUGAGCGUCAGUGUGAGGCGAACAGCACCAUGACUGCGGACGCAUACGACGUGAUUGUGAUUGGCGGAGGCAUCUCAGGUCUGAGUGCCGCCAAGCUGUUGGUGCAGAGCGGCCUGAAUCCUGUGCUCCUGGAAGCCAGAAAUCGCGUUGGUGGAAGAACCUACACCGUUCAGAAUAAGGAGACGAAAUGGGUUGAUCUGGGAGGAGCGUACAUUGGGCCCACUCAAAACCGCAUCCUGAGAAUAGCCAAACAAUACGGCGUGAAAACAUACAAAGUCAACGAGGAGGAGUCUUUGGUUCACUAUGUGAAGGGCAAAUCAUAUGCAUUCAAAGGGCCUUUUCCUCCAGUGUGGAACCCUCUUGCAUACCUGGACUACAACAACCUCUGGAGGACGAUGGACAAGAUGGGGAUGGAGAUUCCUAAAGAAGCUCCAUGGAGGGCCCCUCAUGCUGAAGAGUGGGACAAGAUGACCAUGCAUCAACUCUUUGACCAGAUUUGCUGGACCAGGGCCGCUCGCCGCUUUGCCACUCUGUUCGUCAAUGUGAACGUGACCUCUGAGCCCCACGAGGUGUCUGCUCUGUGGUUCCUUUGGUACAUCAAGCAGUGUGGAGGCACCAUGAGAAUCUUCUCUACCACGAAUGGAGGCCAGGAGCGCAAGUUUGCCGGAGGUGCCAAUCAAAUCAGUGAGGCGAUGGCGAGAGAGCUGGGUGACCGUGUGAAGCUGGACAGAGCUGUCUACAGCAUUGACCAGACUGGAGACCUCGUGGAGGUCAGGACAGUUAAUGAGGAGAUAUACAAGGCCAAAUAUGUUAUACUUGCCAUACCACCAGGGCUGAACUUGAAGAUCCAUUUCAACCCUGAACUGCCCCCUCUGAGGAACCAGCUCAUUCAUAGGGUCCCCAUGGGCUCAGUCAUCAAAUGCAUGGUGUACUACAAAGAGGACUUCUGGAGGAAGAAGGGAUACUGUGGCAGCAUGGUGAUCGAAGAGGAAGAAGCACCUAUUAGUCUCACUCUUGACGACACUAAGCCUGAUGGGUCUGUGCCUGCUAUAAUGGGUUUCAUCCUGGCACGGAAAUCCAGAAAAUUAGCAGGCCUGACGAAAGAGGAGAGAAAGAGAAGGAUCUGUGAGAUUUAUGCUCGCGUGCUGGGCACAGAAGAAGCAUUACAUCCUGUGCACUACGAGGAGAAAAACUGGUGUGAGGAGGAGUACUCUGGUGGCUGCUACACUGCCUGCUUCCCCCCGGGUGUCAUGACACAGUAUGGCAGGGUGUUGAGGGAGCCAGUGGGCAUGCUGUACUUUGCAGGAACUGAAACAGCCACAGAGUGGAGCGGUUACAUGGAGGGGGCCGUGCAAGCUGGAGAGAGAGCAAGUAGAGAAAUUUUGUGUGCAAUGGGAAAACUCCAUGCGAGUCAGAUCUGGCAGCCAGAGCCUGAAUCAUUGGAUAUCCCGGCCCAGCCGUUUGUCACCACAUUUUGGGAAAGAAACCUGCCAUCCGUUGGGGGAUUACUCAAGUUCAUGGGCGUGUCCUCCUUCCUGGCUCUGGCCACAGCAGCAGGAGUGGUUGCCUGCAAGAAGGGGCUCCUCCCACAGAGCUAAAGCCCCUCCCACUUUCACAGCCUGUUCCCUACGAGCUGGCCUUGUGAUUGUGACAUUCAGUCACCUAAUCACAGUCAUAAUGCCAUCUGGGUAUGUGGCCCGAGUUACUUAGAUGAGAUUUUACACACAAUUACAUUGUUAAAAAUUAACCACGUGAUUGUUAUGGCUUAAUGAGUAGCUGGUAAUUGUUAAUGUGGGAAUUACCCUGUCAAAGAAUUCACAAACUGUCCUUAUUAAAUGAACCGAACGUGUGACAUUCCACAACCAUUCAUGGCGUGUGUGUGUUUUCCACCAGUCUUAUUGAUUGCCUCUGCUAAUUUCAGGUGCUGUUCUCAGGAACUCGUUAAUUAACCUUCCAAAAUAUUGAAGUAACAUUACAGAGAUUAGAUUAGCAUUUAGUCUUGCAUUUUAUUGUACUCUACAGGAGAGACUUUGAGGAUAUCUUCUCUUCAUCUUCAGCACAAUUCAAUAUAUCAUUCAUGAGAGAAGCAGAGGCUGUUUUUACAUUCAUUCUCAGCAUACAAAUGAAAGUUAGUACAGACUGGCUUUAUGUUUCUGGUAGUAAAAGUGAAGUGACAUUCAGCCAAGUAUGGUGACCAUACCAAGUAUUUGUGCUCUGCAUUUAACCCAUCCGAAAUGCACACACACAGAGCAGUGAACACACACACACUGUGAGCACACACCCAGAGUUGGGGGUUCGAUGCCUUGCUCAAGGGCACCUAAGUCAUGGUAUUGAAGGUGGAGAGAGAGCUGUUCAUGCACUCCCCCCACCCACAAUUCCGUCUGGCCCGAGACUAGAACCCACAACCCUUCAAUUGGGAGUCCAACCCUCUAACCAUUAGGCCAUGACUUCCCCGUAACACAGAGAUCUGAUUUGAAGGUUGUCCCAGUGUUUAAUGUAAUUUCUAAAAGCUACUAUAUGAUUAAAUCAUAUGAAAGCAUUUGAAUGUAAUUUAACAUAUUAGAUUUUUCCACGUUAAAGACCAGUGUUUACUUGAAAUAUGAAUUAGGUUUUUUGACAUGCAUUCAUUUUCAAUCAUCCAUUGUUUAACAAUCCUCUAAUCUCAUGGUAAAUUAUUACUGGUAAUAGGAAAAAAAAAUAUUUAUAAAUUAAAUGCUAAUUUGUAGACAAAUAUAAAUGCUUUCCCAGUCUAUCUAAAUGGUAUAAUAGGUUUUUUUUUCUUUUUUACCAUCUACCAGCCUUGUGACAGACAGACGGAUAGAUAGAUAGAUAGAUAGAUAGAUAGAUAGAUAGAUAGAUAGAUAGAGGAAAGUAUAUAUAU